AGUUUUAAUUUUCGUGUUGCUGCUUGCCGCUGGAAAAAAAAUGACCAACUACAAAAAAAAUGGAAAAAACAAGAAAAAGGGAAGAUCUUUGAGAGGACUUUAUCCCCGAGUGAUGUCAACUCAAACCAGAGCCGUCUCUUAAUCCCUUUCAAUAUGCUAACCAGAAACGACUUCUUGACACCUUCUGAGUCUCAAGCCAUGGAGAGAGAAGACAUCGAGGAAGAGAACAUUGGUGUGGGAACGAUUCUGGUGAAUGAAAAGUCUAAAAUGUGGGGUUUGCGUUUUAAGAUAUGGGUGAUGGAGAAGAAGAAGUCUGGAAACGGAACCUUGAACUACGCUUUGAAUUGGGGGUGGAACGAUGUCGUCAAGGGUAAUAAUUUGAAAGAUGGUCAUGAGAUCAGUCUUUGGAGUUUCAGGUGCCGUGGAGUCCUAUGCUUUGCCCUUGAACACAGAGUUCCCUGUUCCAAAGGAUUCGCUGCCUUGAUGGAAUCAUGAGUAGCCGAAAUGGAAAUACAAGAUCUUACUCUCAUGUGAUUCUGGAUGUUUUUUGGUCUAGUAACUUGUUGCAAGUGUUAGUUAUCAAACUUAGGGUCUUACUUUUUUUUUUUUGACGGCACUUAGGGUCUUACUUGCAAAUGUGGUUUUUACACGUUUGUUGGUGUUUUGGUUUUCAUUCACUUGUCUUCUGUUGUUUCACAUCAUAUAUAUGAAAACUGAACAUUUUGACAUGAAUCUGGUAACUGCAUUUGAUCAAUUAAUUACCUUUGAUUUCUUGAAAAUUUAUCUGACCAAUGCCUAAAACCUGUGAUGAAAUUUGAUCCAAUCCUGGCAAGUGUUUUGGUAACUUUGUUUGAGUGUACAAUACAUUAUGAACUUCAUU